GAUCUGGGGUGGCCCCAAUCGUUCCUGAAGGACUAUAAGACAUUUGGGAGGCCCAAGGAAAGAUACCGUCCGGCCUAAACUGUCCUGCAAUUCAGGUGCCAUACUCAGCAGCCAUGAAGUUCUCCCUUGCCGCCCUAGUUGUCGUGCUCGCUCUGGCACACGGAAGCCAAGCAGCACAGUCCCCCGAGGUUGAGAAGCUGGCACAGUAUUUCCAGGAUCUGUCAGCUCAGCUGACCUCCACCACUCAGGAGCUAGUGCAGAAGAUCCAGUCAGAAACCUUUGUAGAGGAUGGAAAGGCCCAGCUGCAGCAGAUCCAGGCCCAGCUGGCACCCCUGGCCGACAAUAUGCAGGCCCAGCUGAAGCCCCUGGCUGAGAACAUGCAGGCCCAGCUUAAGCCUCUGGUCGACAACUUCCAGGCUCAGAUAGAAGACCUCUUCCGCAAGCUGAUGGACCAGACCAAGUCCCUCGGCCAAUAAAGCAGUUAUUUUUCAAUAACCUUAUCACCUCGGACCGAAUCAACAGCUCCAUGGGCUUACAAUCAGUCAAAACCAAUCCAACAAGAACCCGACAAGCUUCCAACCCUCUGCUUAAGUCAAUCAAUCAAUCAAUCAAUCAAAUGUAUUUGUAAAGCCCCUCUAACAUCAGCUGAUGUCACAAAGUGCUGUACAGAAACCCAGCCUAAAACCCCAAACAGCAAGCAAUGCAUGUGUAGAAGCAUGGUGGCUAGGAAAAACUCCCUAGAAAGUAUUUUUGUGCCAAGAAGAAUGUGCCAAGACGAAUGUUGUUGACAUGCAAAGACAGACAGUAGUAAUCCAGAACAUCAUUAAAACUUGGAAACUGGUUCUGUGGCAUCUAUUGUAA